AUGCGACAAACCGAAGGAAUUCAUGAACUUACCUGGAAUUUGUCCAACAUAAAUAUGAUCAAUUAUGGCGGGAUAUCGAGUCCGGAAUUCUCAUUCGCUGGAAAAAAUUGGUGAGUUUUUUUUAACAAUGACAUUAUUUCCACUUCAUGAAUUGAAAUAUUUUUCAUUUUAGCCUGAAAAAAACACUUCGGGAGCAAUAUUUUACGGUUCCAAGGCUUUUUUUCGCAAAAAAUACUUUUCUCUACGUUAAAAUAAGUUUCUGUACUCACAAGAAAUUGAUCUCAAUGUGAUCACCUGAAAAAGUUCUAUUUCAUGUUCAAAUAGUGGGGAGGUAUGAAAAAACAAAUAGGGAUUUUGUGAGUAACAAUUUCUUUCAUGAGAAUCCGGAAUUUGCAAUUUCGGAAUUUGCAAAAAACUUUCAAAAAGUAAAAAACCUUCAGUUUUCAAAAAUUCGUAAUUCAAUUCAAACUCAACGAAAAACCUCGACCAAAAGCACAUUUUGAAGCUCAAGUGGUUCUUUGGACCGCUUUAAAAUAUUUUUAUCAAAAAAAAAAUUCUCAUGAAACAAUUGUUACUUACAAACAAAUAUUUGUGUUCUCUUCAAAAAACAAAUGAUGAAAAUUAUUGAAAAAAUAUAAUCGAGAAAAAUUAUCUAACAAAAAUAAAUACAUCAUUUUGUUUCAGGUUGAUGGAAGCUGUAGUUAUGAAUCGAGAAACUCUACAAUUGAAUCUCCAUAUGAAAAAAGCACAAGAAAACGAUCGCCAAAAUUACGUCAUAUUAAGUAAAGAAAAUUGGAAAUUCGAAACACCUGGAUUGACCAUCCGAAAUGCAACCCAAUCUUCUUUGUUUUGCGGGCAAAAAAUAUCCGGAAGUAUUUCUCCUUUUAACAUCGAUUUCAACACAGUCAAAGAAAAUGCCGAAACUCCUGCAACUAUUAGUGUUGUAUUAAUGUUUAAAUCAUACGAUUUUUCGAUCGAACAAGAAGGCGAUGAUCAUCUAGACUCUUAUGGUACAACAUUUUUCCUUAACCAACAGGUAUUUUUUAUUAAUUUUAAAUCGAAAAAUCAUAUCAAAUUUCAAACCAGAUACAAAAAAAGUAACAAAAAAUUUAAUAAUUUGAAAUUGAGCAGAUCUAAAAAAAUUUCCCCGUGAUUUUUGUGUUUUUUUUUUCAUUUUUUAAAAAAGAAAAAAUAAUUUUCAAAUACUCUUACGAUACAUUUGCCUACUGCAGAAUAGCUUCCCAUUUUUCUGUGCUCGAUCAACUAAAUUUUCAACUAAAAAAAAGCAAAAGGUGCACUUUUAUAAAAUUUAUAACAUGAAUUCACGAAGUGGGAUAACGGAGGCUUAAAAUCCUUUAAAACUUUUGAAAUCAAUUUGAGAACGCUCAAAUUUUUCGAAAUAAAAAUUAAAUAGAAAAAAUAAAAACGUUGUAAGAUUUUUUUUUCGUAAUAUUUACAUUAAUAUAAUUGUGUUUCAGUUCGGCAUUGAUCACAUUGGAAAUUACAUGGAUUGGCAGUUGGGAUCCGACUCAGUUAAACAUGUUAUCAUUCAGCCAUAUCCUUUCUUAUUCAUGUUAACGAUUUUACACGACGAGUCAUAUAAAUUGGAAAAAUUUUUCGGGUUGCAGUGGAUUGAAUAUAUGUUGGAUUUGGCAAGACGAUGGAGAGUGGCUGAAUUGAAAAAUAAGAUGACACAGUUCGUCUUGAAGAGGCAUGCUUACUUUGAUUACAUGAGAGUUGUCAAGAUUUUGCAAGAGCAUGAUUUGGAAGAUUUGGUGGUUAGUGUUUUUGUUCAAUUUGUUCUGUUUUUUCCCACAAAAUAUAAAUUAUUUUAGGACCAAGUAAUGCAAGGCGUAACGGAGAUCUACCGGUUCGGCAACUUGCGUGAGAACGAAUAUUUCCAAAGAAUUAGUGAUGAUAAUAAGUUGAAAGUUUUGCGUCGAAUGCUUGAUUUGUUGGCUGAAAAACGGCGAAUUGUAUAA